AUGUCUGAGGCCUAUGAGCGCGAGAGACAGAACAACGCUCGCCUGAACGAGCUGUCGGCCAAGGUCUCUGCCCUGCGAGGCGUCACGAUAGACAUUUACGACAACGCCCGCGCGCAAGACGUCAUUGAUGACACGUCGGAUACUUUCUCGUCCAUGACGUCACAAAUCAAAGGCUCGGCAACCCGCCUGACCCGAAUGGCUGCUUCGGGCAACAGAAUCGCCAUUCUCAAACUGUCGGCCAUCAUCAUCGGCGUCUUCUUGGUGCUCUACUACGGACUGAAGCUGUUCCUGUAA